CAGUCUGCUUAAAGCUUUCGAGUAGCCUAAUCAAGCGGAUCUUCAAAUACUAUUAUAUUCGUGGACAUCUUACCAACUAAGAAUGAAUCUCCAAAUAAAAUUCCUGGAGGGCUCUACAUAUCACGUAGAGGUGAACCCGAGCAACACGAUUGGAGAGUUAAAGAAAGUCAUUCAUCAGAAGAGUGGCAUUGCACCUGCGCGGAUGAAGCUUACAGCUGUGGGAAACGGGAUCAACUUCAGCAAUGAUUCCAACACCCUCGCUGCCAUCGGGUUGAAACCUGGAUCCUGCGUCAUAGUUCUGGUAACGGACCCUCCGCCAAUGCAAGUGUUUCUGAAGAAUGAGAAAGGCCAGACGUCCACUUACAAUGUGGUGCCAGGUGAAACUGUCACAGCUUUCAAGAACAAGGUCUACCAAAAAGAGAGAGUUCCAGUGGACCAGCAGAGACUUAUUCACGAGGGAAAGCAGCUUGACGAUGGACGAAAACUGGAGGACUACAACAUUGUGUCUGGAAGCACUAUCUACCUUACUCUCCGUCUGAGAGGGGGCUGAUUUGGAAAAUGAAUCAUCUUAUCAUUCUGUAGGCUAAUGGACGAAAUGGCAGUGUAUUCUGUUGAUUUGGAUCGCACACACACAUACACACACACACACACACACACACACACACACACACACACACACACACACACACACACACACACACACACACACAUUCCAAUCCGAGCACUUUACCUUUGCACUUUUCUCUCCAAUUUUCAUUUGCAUUCCCUUCUAAAGUUAAUAUAUUUAAAUAAAUAUUAUUAAUACA